GCUCCGAUCGAGAUUCAAAUCCUACCAAACGCCGCCACGUGGGAACAGCAUAUAACCAUGUUGUCGACCGACCUUGAGGUUGACUUGGACACUAUCCUUAAGAAAUCUCAGGAAAAAUCAUGGAAUACCCUCCUUCAGGACGAGCUCAAUCUCCUCGUUACUGCAUUUCUUCCUUCUCAACCUCUUACUAUCCGAUCCAAAGCAUAUAUAGGCGUCUCUGCCUUUUGUCAGCGUCUUCGCGAGACCUCGGGGAAGCCUGACGAGGCCACAGAUGCUAUUGCUCGAGCACUAGGCCCUGCUAUUAUAUCCAGACUAGCAGAAACAGAUGAACAGAAUGUCAUCUCUGGCCUUACCUUCUUGACUGCGUUGUUCCAAGUUGACUGGCAGGCCGCCUCAGCCAUCUUUACCCAAGAUGGAGCCAUAGAAUCCGUCUUCGAUGGCGCGGAUCUCUUUCCCAAGUCUUCAGAUAUUUCAAUUGCCCUUGCUCAACUACUGGGUCAGGCGGUGGGACAUAAGACAUGUCGUGUCGCCGUCCCUCCCCAAUAUAUCGAAUGGUUGGAGUCGAAGUCCCGUCAAAAUGCAGAUGCUGCGACGCGAGCCGCGGCGGCUGUCGCACUCAUAAAGCUUUCUCGAGGGUCGGAAUCAGAUGCCUCUGAGAUCGGCGGGUCGGAAGGCCCAUCAUCGUCGAGCAGUAGCGACGAACUCAUGAAACUCAUGAAGGGACUCGUCGUUGAGGGCCUGAAUAUCAGCUCAUUAUCGGAUGCUGUCGAGGGACUUGCAUAUCUGAGCGUAGAUCCGAAAUUCAAGGAGCAGCUCUCAUCUGAUGUCACAUUUCUUUCACGUCUGUUCAGUCUAAUACCCCAUAAGCCUUCCGCAUCUACCGACACACCGGAGGCAGGGAUGUCACCCAUAUAUGGCACUGUCCUAAUCAUCUCAAAUCUAUGCGCCUAUAGACCCAAGCUAUCCCAAGAAGAAGCUCAAAUUGCGAAGUUGAGACGCAUGGCUAAAGUACCUGGGAAAGGCCAACCUGAAGAGGAUCCUGAAGUCAGUAAACUGGAAGAUGAGGAACAUGUUCAGGAGCGAGGGCGACGGUUGAUCGAAGCUGGAGUUCUGGGUGCAUUAUCGGCAGCGGUCAAAGCGACGGACAGUCGCGCAGUACGGUUGCUUGUUGGGAAGGCUCUCCUUAGUCUAGUGGAGGACAAGGAGAACCGAGGCAAAGUUCUGCAGUCGGGGGGAGCAAAGGCUUUAAUGACCAUCAUACAUGGAGUGCUCCCUUCGCCUACCAGCUCUACGCAACCGCACAAUUUAUCACCCUUGCAUACUUUAGACCUCGAGCCGAUACAAGCGCUGGCUAAACUUGCCAUCACCGCCUCACCAGUGCAGGUCUUUGGUCCCAACGAGGGUGCUCUGUACGACGCGAUCCGUCCGUUCGCUCUCAUGCUGGUGCAUCCGACAUCCAAUCUUCUGCAACAAUUUGAGGCAAUCAUGGCGCUUACCAAUCUGUCGUCCUCAAGUCCUGAAGCUGCUGAUCGGAUAGCCAAGGCAGAAGGAUUAAUGAACAAAGUGGAGCUUCUCAUGCUGGAGAAUCACACGCUCAUCCGCAGGGCUUCCACGGAGCUUAUAUGUAAUAUCGUCGCUGGUAGUGAAGAGGUGUUCAACAGGUAUGGAGGGGAGAGGAACGCGAGUGCAAAGUCUAAGCUACAAGUCUUGGUCGCGCUUUGCGAUCUCGAUGACUUACCAACACGGCUCGCUGCGUCCGGAGCCUUGGCGACUUUGACUGCAGCUCCAGAAGCAUGCCAGUCCCUUUUGGAAUUGCAGACCGAACGACAUCACGUAUUGCCAAUUUUCGCGCAACUUGUAGACCCUACUAUCGUGCCACUGCCAGAUGAAUCGGGCAACGAGGAUGUUGUGGAAGAAAUCAGAAGUCCUACUCAAGGUGAUCCAGGACUUGUUCAUCGAGGAGUUGUCUGUAUACGAAACUUUGUUGUGGGAGUGGAAGAUUCGGCUGCGCGAAAAGAGCUGGCUUUGGAAGCGCAGCGGCUGGGUUUGGUACAAGCCUUGGCGCGUGUGUUCAAGGAUAACUCUGCGGACCGCAGUGCACCUGUGCUCAGAUCAGCUGCCGAGGCUCUGAAGUGCAUGAUGGAGUGCGGUGUGUCCAUAACAGCUUGACAAAUUUAGACUAGGGGGAUGAUGGAUUGGACGGCAGUAAGAAAUAUUCGAAAUUUGCAUAUACUCACAACAGUGGCGAAUGUUCGUAUAGCUUAAUGGUUGUAAAAUGAAUAUAGAAGUAUAACCCUG